AUAGCUUAAUCCCUUGUACCACCAGGGUGGCCCCAUGACACAUUUUAUAUUGGCUUGUUUAUUUUUACCAUUAGGUAAAAAUACCAUUAAGUUGCCAGCUGUUCUUCCAGACAAUAAUGUUAACUACCUUGAGUAAAAAUAUGUAACAUUCUAAAAUUGGUUGCAUUGGAAACAACUACAAAUUGUAAUGUAUAGGCAGCCUGCCGAUACAAAUAAAAUAUAAAAGAUAAUCAUAAUUUAUGUUAACAGACAUGUCUAGAAACAUCAUUUUAAGUAACUCUUGUAAGGAUAAAGUGAAUAAUUACAUCCUUUGGGAAUUUUUUUUCACAUAUUAAUUAGACAAAGGAAAAGCCAAUGUCAACAGUUACAGAGUCUAUGGAAGGUGAUGGAACUAACAGUUUUCCCAGUGUAUGUUAAAUUCACAGUUGGAUGUGAAAACAAAGGAUGUGUGAACAACUUAAUAAUUUUCGCGAUUGGAGGAACUGUCAAUGACAAUAUUUGUGUAAAUAAUAAAAAGGGGUAAGUAUUAGCUGUGAAUAAGGAAAACAACCAAAAUAACCCACCUUAAAUGCUGAACUAUGACCUUGAAGCUUUGGACCUGGAAUAGUGUCCUUUAAAAGCAUAGCUUUACUGAUAUAUUAAAAAUGGGUCUGUUAAUUCUCUUUGCCUUUGAUUCCUGGAUAGCCUGUACCCCUGAAGGACCUAGAAAUAAACACUAGCAAUUUUAAAAUUGGAUCAUCUCAGAAAAGCAUUUUACGAAGGUUUUUAAAUACUAACCCAAAGAUAAAUUCAAAAUGUAGUGAGCUGAACACUAAUUUCAUAGAAACUUGUGGGUGGGGGGACAGGGUGUUUCUUGGAUAUUCUUUGCUAUUUACACAGCUUGUUUACUUAAAAUUUUCAGUUAGCAUACUUUAAAAUGCUUAGCUUCAUAGGCAAUUUCACAGUGGAAAUGGUUCUGGUUCAGCAAAAAUCAGCCACUUGCAGGAUGGAGUUGUGUUGGGAGCCUGCUGCCCUCCAGGGAGCUGGAAUUUUCUGAAUACUUAUUUUACUCUGCAUAUAGAGUUCCAGUAAUUCUCACAUUUUGCAAACACAAUUCUUCCCAAAAUUGAUGCCUGCUGUGUGAGGACAACAUAGCUUACAUGCAUGUUCCCUACUAGAAAAAUUUGUUCCACCAGUAACUUAAUUUGUAUAAGCAUAAACAAUUGUGUGAUAUUUUCUUGUUCCUUUUUUCAUUUCUUUAGCAAAAACUUGGGGUGGCAGAAUGAAAGGCAGCAUUGCUCUGGAUGAUCCUCACUGGCUUAGACUCCCAGUCUUUCUCAACAGUUGAGAACUGCAACGGUGUCUGCUACAGGGUUGGACAUUAUUCUGGACUCCAUGCCAUGGGAGGGGGUUGCAUCUCACCCUGCAAUUCCACUAGCCUCCCUCCACCUAAAGUUGUCUAGUUUCCAGAAUGUGUGAACCCAACGAAGUCCCUGGUUUUUGUCUGAAUCUAGCAUGUACUUAUAGCUGGAUAUUUUUUGGGAUGGUCUUCUACCUGAGAAUUUCUGUAACCUUAAUAACCCAAGUACCAUGGAGAUUGGGUGCAUCCUUAACUGAACUCUGUGCCAUUUUACCUGCUGUGUGCCCAUCACCUGUUUCUAGAGAUUCAAUUGCCUCCAUCAGGGAACCACAAACUCCAGAGCUGGGAAAUAAAUAGGUUGGCAUAAGAUUUCACACCCAGGUAAGCUCUGGCCAGUUCCCAGCCCAAGUUACCUUAGAGUUUAAUUCCUAGUGCUACAGAUUCAGCUCCGGGAUAGGUGACCACGGCCACCAAUCUCGACAACCAACUGAAAUCUGAAAUAGGGCCCAAAAUGCACAUUGGAAAACGUAGUUCAGAUGGUCUCGGCUUUUUCUGCAUUCAGUUUAUGUCGGGUGUAAAAUGAAUACUUUCUUCCCUAACUAUGUAAAACUAAAAAUAACGCUUGUAAGAAGAUCGUGCCAUUUCCCCACCCCCACCGCCGUUUUCCAACAUGAUCACCUCAGGUAGAAAACCGUGGAAAUACCCAUCGACUCAGGUAAGUCGUGACUAUUUCAAGGGUGGUUUGGAGCCAGCAGUUGAAUCUUAGAAAUUAUAACAAUUCGUGUAAUCCAGAGGCUUAAUUUUUAUAGCCUUGUUUCUUGGAACCUGCAUUUCCACGUGAAUGGGAUUUACUUUGGGCCCCAAUCCAUAUGCUAACAUUUUUAGUGGCAAAGCCCUGUAAUUAUACUGUUGGAUGUCGUAGAAGAUAGACGAAAAGACCCCACAUCUCGGUGUUUCUAAGACAGGCUAACAACUGCCCAUCAAACCUUACACGUGCUUAGAAGACAGAAAAGGUAUAAAAAAAAAAGAAAACUGCCAGGACUUAAUAUGUCUGUUCAAGCUGCUUCGCUCUCCCAGCAAGGGCAGACCCACUUCCAACAUGUCCGCCCUUAGUCCUGACGUCACCCGGUCGGCUUCAUCAAGCCAGAAAACCAAUUCUCUCCAAUCAGUGUUCACUUCCCUCACCACUGCCCUUGGCGCGUCACUUCCGGUGGUGCAGCAGCCAUUUUGUCAGUCGCAAGCGGAUCCCGCGCGCUGGAGAAGUGCAGUUCCCCCUGGUUACCAACUCGUCCGUUCUCCCUCCGUGCGGCCAGCGCCGUCGAAGGGCGCUCACUGCAAGCGUCGCCGUUCCUCCCUACAGUGCAGGCGCCGCUGCAGCAUUCGCCUGGAGCUAGUGCGCUGUCUUCCUUACCCCCACUGACGCCGUCAGCGAUGUCAAGCGAGGAAAGCUACCGAGCCAUCCUGCGCUACCUGACCAACGAGCGCGAGCCGUACGCGCCCGGCACCGAAGGCAAUGUCAAGCGUAAAAUCCGCAAGGCGGCCGCCUGCUACGUGGUGCGCGGCGGGACCUUAUAUUACCAGAGGCGACAGAGGCAUCGCAAGACCUUCGCGGAGCUGGAGGUGGUGCUGCAGCCUGAGCGGCGCCGGGGGCUCAUCGAGGCGGCGCACCUGGGCCCGGGCGGCACUCACCACACCCGGCAUCAGACCUGGCACGACUUGUCCAAGACGUACUGGUGGCGAGGUAUAUUAAGGCAAGUCAAAGAUUACAUUAAACAGUGUAGCAAAUGCCAGGAGAAACUCGAUCGCUCCCGUCCCAUAUCAGAUACGUCAGAAAUGUUGGAAGAAUUAGGACUAGACCUUGAUUCUGGAGAAGAAAGCAAUGAAUCAGAGGAUGACCUAAGCAACUUUACUUCACCUCCGACAGCCUCCAAACCCACAAAAAAGAAGCCAGUAUCCAAACAUGAACUUGUAUUUGUUGACACCAAAGGAGUGGUGAAACGUUCUUCUCCAAAACAUUGUCAGGCUGUCUUAAAACAGCUGAAUGAACAGAGACUCUCAAACCAGUUCUGUGAUGUUACUCUGCUAAUUGAAGGAGAAGAGUACAAGGCUCACAAAUCUGUUUUGUCAGCUAAUAGCGAGUAUUUUAGAGAUCUUUUCAUUGAGAAAGGAGCCGUUUCCAGUCAUGAAGCAGUGGUGGAUCUUUCAGGUUUUUGUAAGGCAAGUUUCCUUCCUUUACUGGAAUUUGCCUACACGUCUGUGCUAAGCUUUGACUUCUGUAGCAUGGCUGAUGUAGCCAUCUUGGCUCGUCAUCUUUUCAUGUCAGAAGUUUUAGAAAUCUGUGAAAGUGUACAUAAGCUAAUGGAAGAGAAGCAACUAACAGUAUAUAAGAAAGGUGAAGUACAGACAGUUGCGUCUACCCAGGACUUACCAGAACAAAAUGGAAGUACAGCCCCUCCAGUGGCUAGCAAUGAGGGAACUACAACUUUAUCUCCUGAACUGGGGGAUUGUGAAAUUGUACUACUAGUAAAUGGAGAAUUGCCAGAGUCUGAGCAGAAGGAACAUCUAGGACAACAACCUGGUCCCCAGGUUUCUUCAGAGACUGAUGCUACUCUGUCACCUGCAGGCUGUGUAACUGAUUCCCAGCCUGAAAUGGAGUCUGUUGACUUAAUAACAAAAAACAACCAGUCAGAACUAGAAACUUCAAACUGCAAAGAUAAUACAGUUUCUAAUAUUCCUUCCAAACUUCCAAAAGAGAAUGUAAUCAGUCUUCCAGAAAAGACUGAUAUGGGAAAUGAUACAUUAGCGGAAGAUAUCUGUGCUGAAGACAUUCCGGAGCACCAGCAGAAUGUUGGUGAGACUUUAAAAGAUCAUGAAAACUUAGUUGCACUGACUGCAAAAACAGACAUGGGCCCUGAUGAUGAUACUUAUAAAAGCAGGCUUCGGCAGCGUUCUGUUAAUGAAGGGGGCUAUAUCCGACUACACAAAGGAAUGGAGAAGAAGCUGCAGAAACGGAAAGCCAUUCCCAAGUCAGCAGUCCAACAGGUGGCUCAGAAAUUAGUUCAAAGAGGAAAAAAGAUGAAACAGCCAAAUAGAGAUGCUAAAGAGAAUACUGAAGAGGAAGCAUCCCAUAAAUGUGGGGAGUGUGGAAUGAUUUUUCAGAGACGAUAUGCCCUUAUAAUGCACACACUGAAACAUGAAAGAGCUAGAGAUUACAAAUGUCCGUUGUGUAAAAAACAGUUUCAGUACAGUGCCUCUUUGCGAGCACACCUCAUUCGACAUACCAGAAAAGAUACCCCCACUUCGUCAUCCAAUUCUGCAUCUAAUGAGGCAUCAGGAACUUCGUCUGAGAAGGGCAGAACCAAACGAGAAUUUAUAUGUUCCAUAUGUGGAAGGAUAUUACCUAAAUUAUAUUCACUGCGAAUACAUAUGUUAAAGCACACAGGUGUAAAGCCACAUGCAUGCCAGGUCUGUGGAAAGACUUUCAUCUACAAGCAUGGUCUAAAAUUACACCAGAGUCUUCAUCAAUCCCAAAAGCAGUUCCAGUGUGAACUGUGUGUUAAGUCAUUUGUUACCAAACGAAGUCUUCAAGAACAUAUGAGUAUUCACACAGGAAAGUCCAUGUACCUUUGCUCAGUUUGCGGAAAGUCUUUUCAUAGGGGUUCUGGACUCAGCAAACACUUAAAGAAACACCAGCCAAAGCCUGAGGUCCGAGGUUAUCACUGUACUCAAUGUGAAAAAAGUUUCUUUGAAGCUAGAGAUCUUCGUCAGCACAUGAAUAAACAUCUUGGUGUAAAACCAUUCCAGUGCCAAUUUUGUGAUAAAUGCUAUAGUUGGAAGAAAGAUUGGUAUUCCCAUGUGAAGUCUCAUUCUGUCACUGAACCUUACAGGUGUAACAUAUGUGGCAAAGAAUUUUAUGAAAAAGCAUUGUUUAGAAGGCAUGUAAAAAAAGCCACCCAUGGGAAAAAAGGAAGAGCAAAGCAGAACUUGGAACGAGUAUGUGAACAAUGUGGAAGAAAGUUCACUCAGCUCAGAGAGUACAGGAGACACAUGAACAACCAUGAAGGAGUUAAGCCAUUUGAGUGCUUAACAUGUGGAGUAGGUUGGGCUGAUGCCCGAUCUCUGAAACGCCACGUCAGAACACAUACUGGUGAACGGCCUUAUGUUUGUCCAGUAUGUAGUGAAGCCUACAUAGACGCUCGAACACUCCGUAAACAUAUGACUAAAUUCCACAGAGAUUAUGUGCCUUGCAAAAUUAUGCUGGAAAAAGAUACACUUCGGUUUCAUAAUGAAGGAACUCAAGUGGAGCAUGCUGUUAGCAUCUUAACAGCAGACAUGCAAGAACAGGAAAGCAGUGGUCCUCAAGAAAUUGAGGCUGUGGUAGUGACAGGGGAAACUAUGGAAGCUCUUGAAGCUGUUGCUGCUACUGAAGAGUGUCCUUCAGUAUCUACACUUUCUGACCAAAGUAUUAUGCAGGUUGUUAAUUAUGUGUUGGCACAACAACAAGGACAAAAGCUAUCUGAAGUUGCAGAAGCAAUUCAAACAGUUGAAGUGGAAGUGGCACAUAUUUCAGAAACAGAAUGAAUAUAGGAGUGGAGAUAAAAAGUGACAUCUCAUGUAUACUGAACUUAAUAGAGCAUUUGUUUACAAUACUAUGUGACUAUUUGCUUAGAGUUUGUAUGUCAAGGCUCUGGGCUAUUUGGUGAUGUUCAACAUUUCUAAAAGGUUUGUCUGGUUAAUGGAUUCUGUAGAAAAGUCCACUUACUGUAAAGAACUUGAAAACCUUUGAUGACAGUGGUUUAUCAUGGUAUAUACUUUUUAUGAAUUAAUGUUUAUAAAGGACUGUGCUAAAUUAAAAACUGUACAGUUUCAUUUGCAUUUUGACAUAUAUUUGAGUUUAAAAGGCUGCACCAGUUUGAUUUUUCUUUAUUCUCAAAAUAUAGGGGUUCUAUGACUUCAUUUGCCCUGUUUAUGGUUUAAAAAAAAAUUCUAAUAAAGCAUUUUAGUAGGAUGCCUAAGUAUGUAACUUUUUUUUUUUAAUGCCUCAACUCUGUGAUUCUUGACUUACUAUUUAUUUUAACUCCUUAUAAGUCAGGGAUUCUUCUGUUUUAAAGCACUUAAUGAGUUACAUGUUGUAAUCAAGUUUGCACAGUUUACUUACCUACAUAGGGAAACCUUAAAUGAGUAGUUGAUUUUUAAAAUGCCAUUAAAAUGCAUGAAAUGCCUAUUAAAGCCUUAUUAUACUAUCUCUUCAAGGCAAGUAAAUUGACCAUGAGCAGAUAAUACUGUCAUUAAACACUUGUUGGGAGAUUUUUCCACGAUAACCUAGGAUAAAUUAAAAAAUAAGACUCAUUCUUUUGCCUAAGAAUGACAUUUAAACCAGGUUUAGUAUGUUUGCAGCUUUUGUAUCAUGUUUACUGGUUCGAUUUUGUUGAAAAACUGCAGUUUAGAAAUAGGUAGUAAUAGAGAUCUACAGCCCUGUAGAUGCCAUAAUUGUCAAAUAAUUUCAGAAUAUUGAGAAAUCUUCAGUUCAGCCCUUAUUAGAUUAUACUACCUAAAGAAAUUGAUUAUGGUCCACCAAAUUGUUGAAAGUAAAUUAUUUUCGAAAGUUACCUGAAAUUUUAAUUACUAAUUUGUGUUUGAUUUUUGAAUUCCUUUUUAAGAUAGCCAAUUCUUGAUUUUCAAAGUAACAUGGGGAGAUGCCACAUUUUUCUCCUCUGGGAAACCACCACAUAAGCUGUAAUUGUUAAAAUUUAAGUAUUAGAACUAUUAAAAGGUGUAAACAGAGAUAUAAGCAAAUCACAUAUGUAAAUCAUUCCUAAAGCACAAGAGAAAAGAAUGUGCCUUGAUGUACAUAUAUUAAGAUACUUAUUUCAGUUUACUUUAAAAUGGCUUAAAAGAUAAAUGUGAUGCCAUGCAUGCAUUAUACUUACAUAUGUAAUAUUUACAUUUGCAAAAAUUUCUCAUUGUUUCAAUAGCUGUGUGGCUUUCAGUUUUGAGUAUUGACAUGCAGUCUAUAAUGGCUGCUUGUUUGUAGUAUCUUUCAGUUAGUGGAAUUGUAUUUCAACAUGACUAAAAUUUGGAAUUGUGCCUUUUCUGUUCUGUUCUGACCAUUGUUAUUAGAUUUAGUUGUAAAAGACCAUUAAUGUUUGUCAUAAAUAUGUAAAUAAAAGAUGUUGAAUCUU